UAGCGCGCAGAUAUCCUCAGUACUAAGAGAAUGUGCAGUAUUCAAUCACCUUGACAUGUUAAUGGCUGUUUCUCCUUGAGCUCGUGAUAGAGAUGGCCAUGUCGUUUGCUCAACAAAUCUUCUUGGUGUUUUCUGUGACUCUGGGUGAAUCACUAAUUCUAACACAGUAUCCUAUGACUGUUGAGAAGAAAUGUAAUCAGUCAGCUCAGAUCUACUGUGAACUUCGCAAUGGAAAUCUUACUGACGACAUGAGACUAGUGUGGUAUAAAUACACGUAUUAUAGAUCAAAGAUUGGAGAAAUUAAUUUAAGGACAAGUAUCUCCACAGCCAUUGACCACAUCCAUUUACAAUGGGACCUUGGCACCUACAGAGCAUCAAUGUUAAUAAGACAUCUGGUGAAAAAUGACUCUGGAGAAUAUGGUUGUGAACUGGUCUCAUUUUCUGGCCCUAAGAUUAUAACGAAAGCCAAUGCAACACACCUCAUUGUUACUGACAAACAAUGGAUUGGUCCACCAAACAGAAACAUCACAGACAGAAAUGAGGCAGAAAAAUUCCAAAAUAAGGAAGCUAGCAUUCAAAUAAUUGCUUCAGCUGUAAUAGCUGCCUUUGUCAUCAUCUGCCUGCUAAUUUACAUUUUAUUCAGAUACCGCCCAAAAAAACAAGGUCCUAACGCCAAUCCUCCUCCAGCAGAUGUCAGUUGCCAGAAAGCAGAGGAUCCAAUUUCUACAGUGUUCUGUCCUGACUAUGCUGCACUAAAGGUCCCCGGGCAAAAUACUCGACAGACUCUAGCAUCUUCAAUUGCCUCUGACGAUUCAUACUACGCUACCAUUGUAUUUGCACCUCAACAACAAGCUACUGGUGUGCAGAAAACAAAUGUCGUAAACUAAGGGGAAAUAUAUAUGAUAUAGUGGCAUCUGACUAUUUCCUUUAUCGUGUGAACUCAUAGAUAUUACAUUAAAAUAUCACCUGACUUUUCUUGCUACUUAUUCUAUGAAAUCAGAGGGCACAAUUUGACCACCAUUAAUGAAAUGAUCAUAUUUUAACACUGAGAAAGUAAAAUCCUAGCAAAAUCAAUCUUACCUGGUUGACAAUUCGUUGACUAAUUUUGGACGGAUGAGAAAGAGCUAAGAAAGGCAUUAUUAGAUUCUGUAGGGACAGUUUCAAGCUGAUAGCAUUUAGAGGAGUCAAUUCACAAACAAUUGGAAAGAAAUAGGCAACUCCUCAUGCUGGUUAGUUGAUUGCCAUUGUCCCAUUCCUACUCUCUGUUCUGACUGGACCCUUCAAAUUUACUCAUGUUAGGUACGAUCUCACUGAACUGGUGCUGAACUUUAAUUCUGUGAAUUAAAAACAUUAUCUACUGGCACUACAUAUGUUUGUAGUAUCAAUAAACGCACAUGACAUUCUCCUUUAGCGAUAUCAAAGUUGAAACGUAUUCUUCAUGUAACCUGAAAUCGGGAGUUCACAUUAGAUUGCAAUGGAUGCCACUUGUUUUAAAAGGCCAUAGUAUGAUCAAAUCAUUCAGACAAAAAUACUCUGAUUUAUAUAAUUUCCAAAAGGUAAGAUUGUGUUACUGAUAUUUUGUCUGCUUUUUAAACAAAGAUAUCAAAAUAUAGAUACAAGUUUUCAUUCAGAAUGUCACAGCUCAACAUUUGCAGUCAUAAGUGGCUAUUAUGGAGUGUGUGACUUUGUAAUUCAAUCAGGUUAAAGGGUUUAAUAGAGUCAGUUGCCAGGCUGUAAAUCAAAAAGCCUGUCUUACAGACAGCACUGUGUAGAACCCUAGAGGUUGCACUUUCAGUUGCCUGGGGACGUGUGCUUGGGUUCCAAUUAAAUGUAAUUUAGCAUUGCUGACCAUAGUGUUAGUGAGCACCACAAUUCAAUUUUCAGGGAAGUUGGAGGCAUGAACAGCUCUUGACACUAUUAACUCCAUGCAAGAUCAAAAUAAUGUAAUUAAGUAGAGAAAGCAGAAAAUGUAGUAAAUUGUCAGUAGGUCAGACAACAGCUACGUAGAAGACUGGGUUAAAAUUUCAGGUUGAUAAUGAAGGUUCAUCAUUGGCUUAAAACAGUAAAUCUGUUUCUCAUACUACAGCUGCUCUCUGUUCUGCUGACUAUUUCCAGAAUUUUCUGUUUUUAUUUCAGAUUUUCAACACCUUUGGCAUUUUGCUUUAUGUUCCAAAGUAAUUAAGAGGCCUAUUAACAUUUCCAGUUGGCAUCCACAUUGUCGCAGAGCAUGCUCAGAUCGAUCUGCCAGCCUUAGGCCAAGGGAAGGAAGGAUUGUACUUAAACAUAAAAGGGAUACACAUCUACAUCUGUAUUAGCCACAGGGACACAACUACAAUCCUCCAGCCUCAGGAGCCCACCUAUCAUUCCUAUUGGGAAGUCGAGCACACUCCCUGGUUGUGAAAUACCUUUAAAAAUAAAGAAAGGCAUGCCUAGAACAAACAGUUUUUGGGGUCAGGGCAUGAUCUGGUCCAACUUCUGAUUCCUGUCCAAGACACAAAAAUUCAGCCCACAUGUUAUGCAAUUGAUCAUUAACCAACUAAUGAUAUGCAGCUUUUCUGAAAUGAUCCUCAUUCUUGUCUUGGCUGGUACAGCCAAUUUUUACAUUUUACCUUCAGUAGCAACAAGGAGCUGAAUUUGUUGGGCAUAAAUUAAAUUUGGAAGCAUAAAAUAACAGAGAUACAGUCUGAAUCAGAUACAUUAAGAAAACUAUGAACAAAAUACUGAUAAUUGGGAAAAGAUAACAUAGAUUAGAAAACAAAGGUCAGGAAAACCCUUGGAGCUGCUUCCAUUUCUUUGCCAGCAAUGUUUGGAAAUUGAUCCAGUAACCAUUUCAGUAAUUGUCAAAAGGUUUCCAUUCAAAUCGUCAAUAUGCAACCCUGGUGUUGAAUACAAAUGAGAAAAUAACUGCAGAAUGCACUUGCUAUAUGAAGAGAUGAUAAAUUCUUAACUUCAAUGAUUUUUUUUUAAAUGUGUAGAUUAAUUCAGCAGCAUAUGAAUUACACUCCAUGAAACACGAGACACAUGUGAGUCAAAUUAUUUGAUAUUACCUCCAGUAGAAAAUUCUGCCUAUGGAUAUCAAUGAUGGGUCCAUCACCUGUGGUCUACAAAGAAAUCCCUUAUGUUCAGUUAGCUAUGAUUUCACAUGUUCACUUUAUUAAAAUUAUAAUACAAAUAAAACUGCGUUGCAAAGGCUUGAAAAUGUAUGUUUCCAGGUUCUGAGAUCUUUACUUUUGGAGUCCAGACGUACCAAAAAUGUCAACUUAAAGUCUAGUGACCUAUCACUUUUAAUCUAAAUUUCACUUGUAUGACUUCAUAAUGCUUCCAACUCAUUAGAUCUGAAUGACCUCUGACAACCAGCCAGUUCUGAGUUUCAUCGGACCUUGUAAGAUUGUACAAAAUAUUGUGAGAAAUAUAUGUAAAUA